AUGAGCUCCUCAACCAUAAACCCUGAAGAUGUCAAAAUCUUUAAAGAAUCUGUUAUCAAGAUGUCCGUGAUUAUCUUUAAACGAGCAGUUAUUGAGACCAGGAGAAAGCCUAAAGGACUUCUGCGACCCAAACAGAGGGUUGUUUUCAAAGAUACUGUGAAUUUACCGUGGCCCCACAAUAGCACGGAAUCGCUGUUGGCAGAGAUGUUUGAUGGCAGUGCAGCCCAGUUCCUUGCUAUACUCGAGGCCGUGACAAAUAGCUACCGGCGUGUGUUACACACAGGCCCCCCUCUCCCUGCUGAGACCGAAGUAUAUGACGUGUUGAUGGAACUGAUCCUAGCUGGCGUGGAGAUCCUGGCAGGUGGCGGUGGUAAUACUCAAUAUUAUAUGACUUCCUCCACAAAUCCUAUUGCUGGAAUUGUUGAACUCAAGUCACUUAUAGAGAUGGCAUCUGCAGGAGAAGAUGGAGUGUCAGUGGAGGGUGUUGUGAGGUUUGUGAAGGCUAUAUUUUGCUACGAGCACUGGGACAUAUUUGACAACAUUAUUGGCCCAGUUUUCAAUUUCCUAACUUCGGAUGAAAAUAGAACAUGGAGGAAAUAUGAGCUGGAUUUGGAACUGCUGCUCGCGAUGGAACCUUUACUAUCAAAUCGGAAACCCAAACACGGUCUCCAGCUCAGAGAAAAAUGUGCAGGAGUUGGGUCAUUUGGGGCUGGAAGAUCCAAUCACUGGUGUGAUGAUUUUGUGAUACUUGCGGAGACACUGUAUACGUACACCUGCACUACUAGAGAGAACUCUGUGCCUGAUAAGGACAUGGUGGUGGAUGCUGUCCUGUUUCUGUGGCAGAAGUGUAAGAUGGUUUUGCAGAGAACUCAGAUUGGGUUGACAGAUCCCAUUAAAUACCUACAGAAGAUUGAUCACUUUGGGAAGUGGAUUCAUAUCCUGUGCUUGACUGAAGAGGUGAUUUGUUGGUGCAACAUAGGGGAGAUUGACCCAGCAGUGGUGGCAGAAGUGACCCUGUAUUUAAUAACGUUGCUGGAGAACCUGGUGGAUUCAAAUUUAAAACCCAGGAAGAAAUCAGGUUUCCAGGUGCAGGAUGAGAGCCAAAAGCCGGGAAUUGAGCAGUGCUUCCCAUCAAGCAUCUUCAAGAAAAAGCCAGUUGAAAAGAUUCUUGUGGCCUGUAAAAUGGCUAAGAAGGCGAUCGAUAGCAUGGAUGCUGCUCGCUUAAUAGUCGCCUCAUCUAAUGCAUCCUCAAUGGUAGACAGUUCUCGUUUAAAGUGUAUCUCUAUGGGUGAGAAACAGCUUUUCCACCCAAUGCAUUGUGAAACGCAGAUGAAGACUACAGAUAAAGAAAGUUCCAACAAAUCAACAUCUAUCCACAGCUUCACCAUGGAUUUACAUCUGGAACUCAUCCAAGCCUAUCACAGACUGGCACUCAAAUUCAUCAAGUUAAGUCCUGAAUGA